AUGUCUGGCAUUAUUCACAAGGUCAAGGAUGCCGUCACCGGUCAUCACGACAAGGACUCCCAUGACUCCAAAACACAUGGUACCAAUGACACCUACGGAUCCACCCAAAACACCAGCGGUAACCAAUACUCCUCUACCGGCGCGGGCUCCAACACCCACGGUACCUCCACCGGAGCUGGUUAUGGUGGUGCCACUGGUGCUAGCGGCCUUAGCUCCGGCCCCGGCUAUGAGACUGGCACCCACCACGGCUCAUCCACUACAGCUGGUGGUUACGGCUCCGGCGCUGGCGCUGGCGGCUUGAACUCGGGCUCCGGCUACGAGACUGGUACCCACGGUACCCACAGCUCAACUGGUGCCGGCGGUUACGGCACUGGUGCCGGCACUGGUAGCACCUACGGUUCCUCGACGGGCUCUGGCUUGGGUGGCCACACCUCCGGUACCCACACCGGCUCCGAUGCCUACGGCUCAUCCAACACUGGAAACUACGGUUCCGGUAACAUCAAUGCCGGUCCCCACGAUUCCAAGCUGGCCAACAAGGCCGACCCUCGCGUAGACAGUGACCGUGACCACCGCGGUAACCACGGCACUACCGGCCUCUCUGGCGGCGGCCUUUCUGGUGGUGGCCUUGGUAACACCUCGGCCACUGGCCACUCCACUGGCGCUGGAUACGGUUCUAGCAACCCUAUCUCCGGCAGUGACAACUUCGGCAGCACCACUGGUUCUCACACCCAUGGUCACGGAAGCAACCCCAUCUCCGGCAGCGGCGGCUACGGUGGUACCACUGGUCACUCCACCACCGGACAGACUGGCUACGGCUCCAACGAUCCCAUUUCUGGCAGCGGCGGCUAUGGCAGCACCACUGGCCACUCCACCGCUGGACAGACUGGCUACGGCUCCAGCAACCCCAUCUCUGGCAGCGGGGGAUACGGUGGCACCACUGGCCACUCCACCACUGGACAGACUGGCUAUGGCCCUGGCAACCCCAUCUCUGGUAACGACACCUACGGCAGCUCCACUCACGGCUCGCACAACACCCACGGCCUCGACAGCCGCACUGGUGAGCAGGGCUAA